AUGUCUUCGUCGAUGACACCCAAAGAGAGGGCAAAAUCUGCCAAAACAUUGAUCUGUUUCUUGCAGUCACUGAUCGGACGCAAGACUCGCGUCGACUUGCGAUCAGACCAUCACUUGAUUGGUGUCAUCGCAAGUGUGGACUCAUUCAUGAACAUCGAGUUAACCAAUUGUCGCUUCCAUUCGCCCGACAAUCAAUUGAUCCAAUCGUUUGACUAUUACUUCCUCAAGGGUUGCCGAAUACGGAUGGUUCACAUCCCCGAAGAGGUCGAUAUCAUCCAUAGUAUUGAAAGCCAAUUGAAUGUAAUUCAGUCCCGAAGACAAGCCGUUCAACAAAGUGUCCGAAGAAGCGCUCAUUCCUCUAAAGAUUGA